AUGGCUAAGGUUAAGGCAGAUAAGAAGUCAGUGACAUUUGAGAAAGAGGAUGUGGGUAAUGAUUCUGAUGCCACUGGUGAUAUAGGAGAUACUAGUGUUCCAUCAUCUACUAAUGCUAAAGAUUCUGAUACUUUAAAGAAAGAAAGAGAAGAGGAUCUCGUUAUACAAGGUCAAAUACCUAAAUUGAAGUAUUCAUUAUUGACAGUUCCAUAUCAUAACUUGUUGGUGUUAGGAGGGAUGUUUUAUUAUGGAUUAACCGAGGAUAUUAAUACCGUAUUAUUUAAUGGAUUGAUUUCAUUAAUUUCAAUUGAAGUGAUUUAUAAUUAUGUGGCUUAUGGUAAUAUUAAAGUGACUAAGAAGAAGAAGGUUGAUAAUACAAAUGUACCAUUAUUGAUUGGAGGUAGUAUCAUUACGUCUAUUAUAUUAUCCAUACCAUUAUUUGUAGUUAUAAUCAUAUUUGGAGCUCCAUUAACCAAUUAUUUACAACAAACCAUAUUGUUAAGUUUACAUUUAUCAGUUAUAUUAUUUAAUCCAUUAUUAAUUUCAUUUAAAUUUGAUUUAAAUCAAUUUUUAUUGGUGUUUAAAGCUAAUAAGAUAUAUCGAUUAAUCUUUAGUCAUGCUGUAUUAUCAUCAAGUUUUGGUAUUAUUAUAGGGACAUGGUUUGGAGUAGUACCUAUUCCAUUAGAUUGGGAUAGACCAUGGCAACAAUGGCCACUUACAUUAUUAGUAGGUGGAUAUGUUGGAUCGAUAGUUGGUGGGUUAGUAAGUCCAUUAGUGACAUUCUAA